CACUGCUUACAGCGCAAAAUACAAAUCAAACGUGGCGAAGUUGGAAGUUGAAUAAUAAUAUCUUAUACGUAUACUCCGUAUCAGCACCGUUGUCUCAGCCUCUCUCAGAGUGUCUCGAGACUAAAAUCAGAUCUCCUCCGCCAAGAAAAAACAAAGUCCAGGCCAUGUCGCGAGAGAGACCCAGAAGAGGGGCACUUCCUCCGGCCAAGGAGAAUAUCGAGAAGAUAGAGAAAGUUGUGAAUGAUGGUAACUAUUAUGGAGCCCAACAGAUGUACAAGUCUAUCAGUGCAAGAUAUGUAUUGGCUGAGAGGUAUUCUGAAGGCUUGGAUAUUCUUCAGUCUGGUGCUUGCACCCAACUGGACCAUGGGCAGGUUACUUGUGGGGCUGAGCUUGCAGCUUUGUUCGUGGACACACUUGUUAAAGGGAAAUUUCCUUAUGAUGAAGAAACUCUAGACCGUGUCAGGAAAAUCUUCAAAAAGUUCCCACGAAUUCCUGUGCCACAACACUUGGGCUUGGGGGAUGAUGAUGACAUGCAAAAACUUUCUGAAGCCCUUGGAGCAGCAAACAUACGUGUAGAUUGCUGCUCAUCAUUUUUAAAAGCUGCUAUUAAGUGGUCUUCGGAAUUUGGAGCUCCUAGGAGUGGAUCUCCUGAACUACACAAUAUGCUAGCUGAAUAUAUAUAUUCUGAAUCUCCUGAGGUGGACAUGACUAGAGUAUCUUUUCAUUUUGUUCGAGGGGAAUACCCAAGGAAGUUUGCUUCAACACUAAUUAAUUUUAUGGGCAAGUGUUAUCCAGGUGAAGAUGAUUUGGCCAUUGCACGGGCCAUUCUAAUGUAUUUAUCUCUAGGCAAUCUCAGAGAUGCUAACCAUCUUAUGGAUGAGAUUAAAAAGCAAGUGAAGUCUAAACAGGUGGACUUCCCACAAUCAGAUUUGAUCCAGUUUGUCAGUUAUCUUUUGCUGACGAUGGAGAGAGAUGCUUUACCUCUGUUUAAUAUGUUGAGACAGAAUUACAAAUCUUGCAUAGACAGAGAAUCUGUAUUUAAUGAGUUGCUAGAUGAAAUCGCAGAGAAGUUCUACGGAGUACGGCGUAAAAAUCCCCUGCAAGGGAUUUUUGGGGAUUUCUUUAAGAUGAUGGGAGGUGAUAGCAUGUGACAGAAUUUCUGAAAGAUCCCAAAAUACCAGUUCAUGCUGUACUGUUGCACCGGAUGAAAUGCGACACUUCAGAAGCAGUUCGUGUCCCGAAGGUUCUCAUAUAGUUUACAGCAGUUAGGUAGGCCUUUCCUAUACUUGAAUGGAAGUUAUGAUACAAAAUCUUUGAACCGGGCUUGUAUUAUUAGAGGAUUUGUUCUUUUUAUUGAAUUUUGACCUUUUGACUAUCAUCAUUUGUGUUACUGUCCUCGCUAAGUGUACAAUUUAAGACGUGUGUCUUUUUACAUUCAAAAAUAUGUUAUGCAUCUGAUUAAUUGAUGCAGAAAGGCCCCUGCA